AUGAUAGCCGAUUCUACCCCAAGAGUUUUGUCAAUCCAGAGUCAUGUUGUACAUGGGUAUGUAGGAAAUAAAAGCGCAGUGUUUCCACUUCAAGUCUUAGGCUUUGAAGUUGACUAUAUAAAUACUGUACAAUUUUCAACUCACACUGCUUAUAAACAUAUCAAAGGAAAUGUCUUACAGAAUGAAGAAAUGGAAGAACUAAUACAUGGUCUGGUUUUAAACCAGGUUGAUUAUUUUACCCAUUUCUUGACUGGAUACUCAAGAUCGCCAGAUUCAUUGAAGCAAAUAGCUGAAAUCAUCAAAAAAUUAAGACAAAAAAAUCCUAAUCUCAUUUAUGUAUGCGACCCGGUUAUGGGCGACAACGGCAAAAUGUAUGUACCGGAAGAUAUCCUCCCAGUGUACAGGGACACGGUUGUCCCCCUGGCGGAUAUAAUAACGCCGAAUCAGUUCGAAGCUGAACUAAUAACCGGAAUGAAAAUGAAUGACCUGAGUGGGGCUUUGAAAGUCAUACGCGCCCUUCACGAGAAGGGCGUCAAAACUGUUGUUUUAUCAAGCACGGAUCUAGGCGACGAUAAAAAUAUGAUAGGAAUUGCUAGCACCAAAGGUUCGUGUUACAAAAUCGACAUUCCAAAAGUUGACGCAACGUACACGGGAACUGGAGAUUUAUUCGCCGCCCUGUUCCUAGCCUGGUCUCACAAAACCAACAACGACAUUAAGCUGACACUCGAGAAGACCAUCGCAACCCUACAAAGUAUUGUAAAUGAUACCUACGAGAAGGCAAGAGCAAAACAAUCUACGGGCAAAAUUCCACCAGCGCUCAUUGAAUUAAGACUUGUACAGAACAAAUCGAUUAUUGAAGACCCUAAAAUAACAAUCCACGCUGUUGAGAUUAAAUGA